CGGCCAUGUUUAUUACUCGACAGUUUUUGACGGCCGAGUGAAAACUUCAAAGUAAUCCAAUCAGCGACUAGUUUUGCACGAAUUUAAUUUCCAAAACGUUGUGAGUGAAAAACUAGAUAAAUUAUUUGAGAAAGAGUUAGUGAAGUCACACGGAAAUCAUGACUGUCCAACAAGAAACGGCAAUUCAAGAUGUUGAGAUGGAAAAUGCAGACAAUGCCGGCACGGCCGAGGAUGCAGAGACGGCAAAGAAAGAUGCUGACUUGCUUACGAUCCAGGAGAUCAGGGAGCAAUGCAGGCAGAUCGAGAAGGCUGUGACGAGUAAGGAGCCGAGGUACAUUCUUCGUGUUUUGCGCGGUCUGCCCAACACACGUCGCAAGACAAAUCCCAUUGUUCUCAAGCAUUUGGCCACUCAUCUGUAUCCGCAGGGAGCCGAGCGAGAUACAAUUGUGUCGUACAUCCCCCCACCAGCGCCAGGAGCUCACGAGCCUGAGGGUUUGAAGAGCAGACCAGCCACGAAGCCGCCAGUGCCCGAGGUCGAUGUCUAUUUCCACUUGCUCACGCUCGUACGCCUUUUGGAUGAUAAGCUGCUGCCCAAAGCAAUGCAAUGUUCAGAGGCGCUGAUGAAGAAAAUGACGAGCCAGAACCGGAGAACUCUGGAUCUGAUCGCGGCCAAGUCGUACUUCUAUCACUCGCGCAUUGCCGAGCUCACCAACAACUUGGAGAGUAUCCGACAGUUCUUGCACGCUCGCCUGCGCACAGCCACGCUCAGGAAUGAUUUCGAGGGACAGGCGGUCAUCAUAAACUGCUUGCUCCGGAACUACUUGCACUAUUCGCUGUACGACCAGGCGGACAAACUGGUCAAGAAGUCAGUGUUCCCCGAGUCAGCCAGUAACAACGAAUGGGCUCGAUUCCUGUACUACCUGGGCCGCAUUAAGGCCGCGAAACUGGAGUACAGUGUCGCGCAUAAACACUUGGUACAAGCUUUAAGGAAGGCACCUCAACACGCCGCAGUUGGCUUCCGCCAGACCGUCCAGAAGCUAAUCAUCGUAGUCGAGCUCCUCCUGGGCAACAUCCCCGAGCGCCAGAUAUUCCGCCAAGCUGCCCUUCGUAAGUCCCUGGCGCCAUACUUUCAACUCACACAGGCUGUGCGUCUAGGCAACCUCCAGCGGUUCGGUGAGGUGGUCGAGAACUUCGGACCCAAGUUCCAGCAGGACCACACUUACACGCUCAUCAUCCGCUUGCGGCACAACGUGAUCAAGACCGCCAUCCGGUCGAUUGGGCUCUCCUACUCGCGGAUUUCGCCACAAGACAUCGCCAAAAAGCUCGGCCUCGAUUCGGCCGAGGACGCAGAGUUCAUUGUGGCCAAGGCCAUCAGGGAUGGCGUUAUCGAGGCGACACUCGACCCAGGACAAGGCUACAUGCGCAGCAAGGAGAGCACAGAUAUCUACAGCACGCGGGAACCGCAGCUGGCGUUCCAUCAACGAAUCUCGUUCUGUUUGGAUUUGCACAACCAGAGCGUGAAGGCGAUGCGAUAUCCGCCGAAAUCGUACGGAAAGGAUUUGGAAAGCGCCGAGGAGCGACGGGAACGAGAACAGCAGGACUUGGAACUGGCGAAAGAAAUGGCUGAGGACGACGAUGACGGAUUUUAAACGCUUGUGGGAGUUAGGGUUUUCCAAGUUUUCGUUUAUUUCGAAUUGAUUCGGUCGAUUUAAUUGCUUAACAUGAAAUAUAUUUACUAAUUCGUAGAAUAA